AGCGAGCCGAGGGAAGGCCUAGAAUCGCAACCCCCAACAAAGUGCCCAAUGUUUGCGACAUGUUGCGUCACUGCGUCAUUCCUUCCUCCCAGAAAGACCUUCUUCGCUCUGUCUGGAGCUGCUCACACGACCAUGUUUCGAUUCAGGCUUCUACCACGACGCACCUCACAGUGAUAACCUUCUCGAGAACCUCAUUGUCGCCGGCUCCUGGAAAAUGAUCGAUCCUUUGCCGCCGCCGCCGCCAUGGCUCGUGAACUUGGUCAAGCCUUACUGCGACGCCCUCUACCUGCCUACCCUCCCCUACCACGUCCACGAACUCCUCUUCGCCUUUGUCCUGUAUCAAACGACACAAUCAAUCAUAUCGCCUGUUCUUUCGACCAUGCUCUUCCCUGACGUAUACCCGAAACUGUCGCGCCGAACUCGCAUCAAUUGGGACGUGCACGUGGUCUCUAUGUUGCAGUCCUGUCUGAUCAAUACCCUGGCGCUAUGGGUCAUGUUCACAGAUGAGGAGCGGUACGACAUGCAGAGCAGUCCAAUCGAACGAGUAUAUGGAUAUACCGGUGCUUGUGGCCUGAUCCAGGCAUUGGCGGCGGGAUAUUUUGUGUGGGAUCUCGUUGUCAGCGCGCGCAACUACUCGGUAUUCGGUCCUGGUAUACUCGCUCAUGCUACGACUGCCCUAGCAGUCUUCUCGUUGGGCUUUCGACCGUUUUGCAACUACUAUGGACCGGUCUUUAUCCUUUACGAGCUGUCUACACCCUUUCUCAAUAUUCACUGGUUUUGCGACAAGCUCAACAUGACAGGAUCCAAAUUGCAGUGGUACAACGGCAUGAUUCUGCUGGCGACAUUCUUUGGCUGUCGAUUGCUAUGGGGUACUUACCAGUCGUUGCGUGUCUAUCAAGAUGUAUGGCAUACAAUGCACCUAAAUACGACCCAUUUCAUCCGCGAAAUCCACGAGUCACCUAAUCAUCCAAUCUUUGUUCCCAGAGAUGGCCAGCUCUGCUUGGGACAGUCGAGUUGCAUCAGGGCGCAGAGCGAGGUCAUGAAGUUCACAGGUCCUGAUACUGGCCCCACACCAUAUUGGAUGGCGGCCGUGUAUUUGGGCUGUAAUCUGGUGCUGAACUCGCUCAAUUUCCACUGGUUUGGCAGAAUGAUUCAAACUAUACGAAAGCGGUUUGAUGGUCAACCUCAUGACGACUAUCCUCGGGAAGUGGAAAGGAAACCCAGCAUUGUGGAGGAGAUGGCCACUGAGCUGGAUCGUGACAGUUUGUCUGGAGCAAAGACUCCUCCGUUGGAGAAGAGUGUGGAUGCGUAUGGCAAGAGCACAGCAGUACCAGAUGGACCGACUGAGGUCAAGAGGCGGUAAGGAGCUGGGUCUGGGAACGAAACCGAAGAAACACAACCCUUAGAACGGGCCAGGAUUUGGUACCGGCAGUUUUAGCAAGGAGUUGUCUGGGUACAUGAGCUUUUAUCAAGCGUGUAAUAUUUCUUGCACAAUAGUUCUUGUGUUCAUUUCGCCUUUGAACAACUUCAACUAUAUCGUCAUGAGAAGUGGAAUGAAUGCGUGAAUUUGAUUGGUGAGCACUAGACGUUGCCCUGGUCAACAAACACCGAGACUGCGGUUAUGGCUUCACUUUGCA